UUUGACCUCUCUAAUAUUUGUCCUUGAGAGUUGGAUGAAUUCUUCCUAUUUCCUUCUCCAGCCACGCCUGGAAAUGGAGAUUAAUCCCUCCACUAGUCUUCAAAACUCCAGCCAAAUAAUAUGGGUUGAUGAUGAGCAAUUAGGCCUGCAGGGCCAUGUUGUCAAGUCCUACAGAUGCACUUUCUGUAAAAAAGGGUUCUCUAAUGCACAAGCUUUAGGAGGCCAUAUGAAUAUUCAUAGAAAAGAUAGAGCAAAGCUCAAAGAAUUCACAAGUGAUCAAAAUCUCCUUUCUUUGAACAUCAAGAGCAAGGAUCCUACUGUUGAUGAUGAUAGUCCUCAAGAAAACUCGUCGAAAUUAGCUUCUACUUUUCCUAAUAUUCGAGAAGAUGAUGAUCAGAGAAGCUGUUCACUAGAAGUUGAUCAUAUUAUUAUUCCUCCUGGAAAAGAUGGUUUUAAUAAUCUGCUGAAACUGUCUUUAUUUGCUGAGACUCCGUCUUUAAGCGGUGAGAAAGAGAGGCAUGGUGAAGUUAUGAAGUUUUGCCAUGGGCAUGGAAUAUCACAGACUGAUGAAGUGGACCUUGAACUUCGGUUAGGGCCUGAACCUUACGAAGAACCAACAAAAUCAUAGUUGGAAAUAUUAAUAUACUUCCUGCAGGUUUAUUUUGACAUUAUAUUUCACUCUGGUAGUUCAAAUAUAUAUAUAUAUUCAUGUUUUGAAAUGUAGUAAUUGUUGCCUAGUGAAGGAAAGAAAAACUCUAUAUCUAAUGAUUCAAGCUGCAGCUUCAGCCUUCAA